AGCGGGCAAAAAUGCAAAAUCCGCAAUCAAUUCUACGGUGAUUUACGUGCCAGUGCCCUGGGCCGUCUGGGAAUCGAAUGGAACUUCUGGAGCCGUGGAUAUCGCUACGUCCAUAACCUAAACGUGUAUAAUAUUUUUUGUCGAAAAUGAAAUCUGGACGCUUGAACGAGCACAGAGGGUCCAUCCUUCUCUCGAAGGAAGAAAACCAGGAAGUCUUCAAGCUUAUUGGGAACCGAUGUCAGUGCCUUGCAGCUGGUGUGAUACAACUAUACGUAACUGAGUCUCCAUCACAUAGGGAUUGGAUAAAAAGAGAUACUGGUGUAAUAACACUCAUUAAAGAUAAUCCAAGACGCAGUUACUUUUUUAGGCUGUAUUGUCUGCGAAGAAACGCAAUGCUGUGGGAACAUGAAGUCUAUAAUUCAAUGGAUUACAAAGCUCCCAUGUCCCAUUUUCACACAUUCGAGGGCGAAGAUUCUAUGACUGCUUUUAAUUUUGCCAGCGAAACAGAUGCAAUCAUAUUGAGGUCGAUAAUUCUCGAAAAGCUUAAUGCUAAGAGGCAAAGAAGACAAGAAAGAAAGUCACGAAUUAAUGCCGAUUCUCAUCAUUCGCUAACGUUGCCAAAAAAGAGCCACAGCAAUACUUCAGCUGUAGGUUUCAGCACUGGAAGUUCAACAGACAUAUCAAAUGGCUCUUCAUCAUCCACUACUGUCAAUAGAAGCGUGUCCAGUAGUUCGAUGUACAAAGCUAAGAACCAUAAACAGGACAAGGAUCCAAAGAGAAGAUUGACAAAGGCGGACAUAGGUUCCCCCUCAAACUUUCGACAUGUGGCACACAUGGGUUGGAAUGUGAACAGUAAAGGUUUAGAAUUGGAAUCCGUAGAUCCGCAAUUAAAGCAGUUUUUCGACACAGCAGGUGUUUCGGAUGAUCAGCUGAGAGAUCGAAAGACGCGAGAGUUCAUCUAUGACUUCAUCGAAUGCCAUGGGGGCAUAAAUGCUGUUAAAGCAGCUAUAAUACCACCUUCGAGUAUACAAGGCAAUCAACCACCACCGCCGCCAGCACCGACAGGAUUAGGACCUCCACCUCCAGUUCCGGCUCGAACUGUUCCAGUUAGUCCCGGACCUCCAAUAAGUAGUAAUCAGCCACGUAGUGCUCCGCCUUUGCCACCUUCAAGAACUGCUGCACCACCUCCACCACCUAAUGCCCCUCCUGCUCAUCGGCCUUUGCCGGCUCGCCCUGUUGCAUCUUCUGUGACAUCACCACCAUGUCCUCCACCACCACCUCCUCCUCCAAUGUCCACAAACAUACCUCCUCCUCCUGCACCUCCGAUACCGCAAUUAACAGAGAUGGAUAAUGAGACAAUAAACAGUAAUGCCACUAAUAACAAUGGUGGAUUACCUGAUACCAGAAAUGCUUUGCUCGAUGCAAUCAGAAGUGGUACAACGCUCAAGAAGGUGGACAAAGUUGAGCCUAAGCCAAAUUUGGCUGACGAUACUAGAGGUAAUCUGUUGAGUCAGAUACGCCAGGGAGUCGAGUUGAAGUCGGUUGCAAAUCAACCAAAAUCUGCCCCGUCUCCAAUCAUACAGAAUAGUUUAGCUGGAGCUUUAACUAGGGCCCUAGCAGAAAGAUCGCGUGUAAUACACAGUGAUAGCGACAGUGACGAUUCAACGAGUGAGACCAGUGGUGAUGACUGGGACGAUUGAAUAGUUACUUUUGUCUGCAACACUAAAAAGGUAUUUGUAAAGAUCGAUGAUUUAAUGUGCAGGUCCUACGAGUACCUGGCUUAUUAUUUACUAGAUGAAAAUAAGUUGAAAACAAAAGUUUUUCUUUUUUUUUUUCCCAAGCAAUUAUACUAGGUAAUUGAGAGCAAUGUAAGAACUAUUUUUUUCUGAAAGGGUGCUGAGUGCUUAAAAAUUUAAGUAUGUUAGAGAGGUGCUUCCUUUUGAUACUGAUAUUUUUCGUAUUGAUUACGGUAUUUUUAGUAUAAAAAUGAAUUUAUUAUUGUGUUUCAUAAAGUAAACAUGUAAGUGAGCCCCUAAGUUUCAGAGAUGCUGAAAACGAGAUGCGAGUGUUAAUGGUCAAUUAUUUUAUUUAUAUACUUUAAUCUGGCAUGCAGCACCCUUUUUCAGCUGGAGUAUGGUUCAGAAAUGGAAUAAAGUGAAACUACUGCGCACUAAUGGUUUGCAGUCUCAUGCAUAGAAAUUAAUUUAUUGUAUUUUUAAGCUAUAAUAUGACAGGUUCGUUAUAUUUAAAGUUAACUAUUUGAAUUGAAAUAUGAAACGUUGUGCAUGCUUAAAUACAAUUUGAAUAUUUCCUAAAGUCUGACUAUAGUGAUAAGAUAUUCAACAUGGCGUGGUGAUAAAAACACUUCCUUCCUUGUACUUUCUUUCAACACACGAUAUAUAAAAAAAUAUUUCUGUUACGCAUUAAUCGAACAGUUUCUUCUGUUUUGGAUAUUUACAGAGUCCAAUAACUAGACAUUUAUCAAUAUUUGCUUUCAAUGUUUGAAAUGAUCAGAUAACAGUUUUGAACAAAUAAUAAGUGGACAGCAGAAAUAUCAAUUUCAAAUAAAUUUUUUUUAUAGUAUUGUUUCUCUUGAGAAUUCCUUGCUAGAUAGAUACAUGUCCUUAUAAUACCGUAUAGGUAACCCUCUUGAAAAUCAGUACGGUUUGACGUACUGUAAAUGUAUCAAUUGUGGUAUACCAAUAUACGGAAUCAGAACUGUAUGGAAUACGAUUGGAUUUUGUUGUUUACAAAUUUCAAUACUUACGUGCUUCAAUACGGUUUCAGUUAGUACGUUGAGUCAUAAUUUUUGAUACAUUCCGUUUCAAAUUCAGAUAGCAGUUUAAAGGUCCCACGAGGUAUUUAGUUUCUGCUAACCACUCAUAAAUCUAAUGAUUUAAGCCGUAUAGAACCGUGCAUGAAUAUGUACUGAAAUUCUUAAGCAUCCAAAUGCGUUCUUAUCCCAAAUUUGCUGUGAUUCGUUUCUAGUGAAAAAAGAGUGUCCAAGAAAUGGAGCACCAAGGAAAAAGGGGUGAAAUGUAAAUUAGACCAAUGAAGAAUGCAAAGGAUGUGAAACUGGGUCAAUCUGAAUUCCCUUUACGGUUCCUUGGAUAUUGGGUACGAUUCAAUUCCCUUAAGAGUUCCAACGGUAUAUAACUGUACACAUUUGUAUUACGGCUAUAAGUCAUAGGCACGAGUCAUAAUUUUUUUGCGAAGAUCCUGGUUACACACAAGAUAAGAUAUUUUAAUAACAAUUAUGUUAUCUUCUUUACUAAACGACGAUUGCUUACAAAAAUUUUCGUUAUAAUUUUACAAUAAUAAGCUAUUAUUUAUGUCUAGCGUUGAAAAAAUAUCAGUCGAUUACUGACAAAAUGCUUUUCUAAGAAGUGAAGUCUCCACGUUUCGCCUGAUUCCCUCUACCCAAGCAUUACUGCCUACACCCUGUGCCAGAGAAGUUUUAUUGUCGAUUCAUAAUCUUGGAAAUACUGUCAAUCGUAGAUCUUUUGAUGAAAAUCAUUUAGCCAAAUAUAUUACAUCAGCGUCAGAGAAUGGAAAGAGUCAUUGAUGUAUUGUAUCUGAUGUUGCACGAUAGUAAAUCAAAGUAAUAUCUGAAAGAUCAAAAAUGAAUUAGACAUAAUGUAUGAUACACUUACUAAAAAUAAGAAAUUUCCGAGCUCGAUUAUGGUUCUGACAACUAUCUUUAACAUAGAAUACAAUACUUGUAUUGUAAUAUACUUGUUAACAUUAAUGAAACGUAGUUACUAAAUUAUAUAGUUAAAGGCAAUGAAAAUGAAAACUCAUUCCAUUAAAUAGUUUUACGAUUUGUAAUCUAUAUUGGAACUCUUGCACUAGUGAAACAUUUAAAAUACUUCGGACCUAUAUAAAUAUACAAAGAAAUAACAAACUGACAUUGUUGCAUAAUAUCGUAGAAGUAUUAACAGCGUUAGGAAGUCUAGUGUGAAAUUCACAUAAUUUAUUUAGUACUGAAUUUGAAAAUAAAAUUUGUAUGUUAGGGCAAUGACGGUGACUGUGUACAAAGGAUGUACAGAUCGGAUUGGAAAUAUUUUUGCUACAAAUGUGGAAGAAUUCAAGUCACAAGACAGAGAUCGCACAUUUUUUCGAAUACGAUGUUUACGUUUAUUGAUUAUUGUAUUUUUGUUGUCAAACUAUUAUUGAUAUCGAGGAAAGAAGAGUAAAUGUAUAUAAUUUAAAAAAAAUUGACGAUAAAAAAUAAUAAUAACAAUAAUAAUAAUAGUAAUAUGAAAAUGGAAAUGUAAAAUGAUCCAAUAAUUUGUUUCGUUUCUAUAUUGAAAAAAACUGAUGCAUAUUCUGGUGAUAAUACGGCUUCUAUACACCCAACAUUAUUAAUAUUAUUAAUUAUUGCAUGUUAUCCAUUUUCAGUUCAAUAUUUUCAUUGAAAAUGGAUUAUACAGCCGUGGACAAUUGUUGAUAUACAUUGUCAUAUUCGUUUACUGUCGCUUUGACGUGCUAAAACGGUUAGUCUUUCUCCAUGAGAAGUAUAUUAAAUGCAUUUGGAAAUUUUCUUCCAAUGUGUACAGGCAUGAGUGAUAAAGUUGCCACUGAUUGCGAGUUCCAGAUUUUAACACGCACUCCAAGCAGCAAUAAUUAAACAAUGUCUAUGAAGUAUUGUAAUCGGCAGUAUAUAAACGAAAGUAUACAUAUAGUAUGAAGUAUGUAAUUAAUAUUGUUAUUUGUUAUACUAUAGCAUAAUAAAAAAUCUUAACGGUUAUUAAAAACAU